AUGGAGUCUAGUGUCCAUCGCUCUCAUCACUGUUUCGAUAUAUUCGAAGGAAUGCCACCACAAGACGAUCAUCUCAACUCGGCAUUCCUACCAAACGCCACCUUCCAUGUCCAUUUGCAGUCACCAAACUUAUCAACACGCAGCAGCAACAACAACAAUAACCGCUUUCACAUAGACCCAAAUGGAGAAAACGUUUACGAGGGUCUCGUUCCAGACGAGAGAAGGGCGAAAAGAAUGGUCUCUAACCGAGACUCAGCAAGAAGGGCGCGGAUGCGGAAGAAGAGCUGCAGCAACAAGUGA